GAAGGUAAGUUUAUACUUAUACAGUGCUUGUGCUUCAUUUUGCACCCUACUUCUCAACUUCUUCCUAUAAAUACCUCAGCUUCUUCGAUCCUUCUCCAACAAACUUUGACAACAGUAAUUUUGACUCAAUCCUUGUUCUAGACUUCUAGACCCAUUCUGUUCCUUGUUUCUAAUGGCCGGUUAUGCUUGUAUUUUGGCUAUUUCAUUUCUAGUUUCAGCUUUCUUUGUUGCUUUGGCAUCCGACCAGAGUCCUAUUCUGGACUUCUGUGUAGCAGAUACUGAAAGUCAAGUGUUACUAAAUGGACUGACCUGCAAAGACCCGAAGCAAGUUGUGGCCAAUGACUUUUCCUUCAGCGGACUUCACCUAGCAGCUAACACAUCAAAUUCACUGGGAUGUCAUGUGACUCCAGUUACUGCAUUGGAAAUGCCAGGACUCAACACUCUCGGCAUCUCAAUCAUUAGAAUAGACUAUGCACCGCGAGGCAUCAACCCUCUGCACACACACCCCCGAGCUUCUGAGAUACUGAUCGUCUUGGAAGGCAGCCUUGAAGUCGGAUUCAUCACAUCAUAUCCUGAAAAUCGACAUAUAGGGAAAGUGUUGCAGAAGGGCGAUGCAUUUGUCUUCCCUGUUGGUCUUGUUCACUACCAGAGAAAUCCAGGUCCUAACAAUACAGUUGCUAUUGCUGCUCUCAGCAGCCAGAACCCUGGAGUUAUUAUAGUUGCAAAUGCAGUAUUUGGGUCUACUCCAGAUAUUUCCAAUGACAUUCUAGAGAAAUCUUUUCAAAUGGACAAGAACUUUAUUGCCUACCUUCAAACUAAGUUCUAGAUUAGAAAACUAAUAAUCAAAAUUGACAUAAGAGUUGAUACAUGAAAUUGUUCUAAAGAAUCAUUUACAUCUGCUUGUUCAGUCGUUUGUCAUAUGUAGUCCAUGCAUUGAAUUUUCCUAAAAGAAAUAUCAUUUGCAGUUCAAGUGAAUCUUCUAUUUAGGCUCCAAUAAUAUUAGCAGAAUGUGAAAGUGGUUCAAGAUGCAACAGCUAAGAAGAUAUAAUAAAGAACCUGAAGAGAGCUGAGCAAGAUGGGACAAGUGAUGCGUCCUCUCUUCAAGAGAGACAUGGAAUCACAAAGCCACAACUUCAUUAAUUGUUCUUAUGCUGGUAAUUUCUGUAAGUUUAUAUUUGGCUUGAGAGGAAUGAUACGAUAAUUGACAAUAAAGAAAAAGGCUUCGACAGUUUCUAAACUUUCUUUUGUGGCCCUUUCUUUCUUGGUGUAAACUUGUCUUUCCACAGCCUCUCUAAUGAAAGGAAUUUUGAAAUCACUAAACAUGAAGAAUAAUAUAGUAAAAUUUGCUUCCUUCUAAUGGUGUUUAUACAUUUAAUGUUAUCUUACAACAACCAGAGUAGCCAAAAAAA